AUGUCUGCAAUAGUGUGCGGGAAGAGAUCUUUCUUUGAAGAAUUGACUGUUACAAGCCCGCCUGUGUCAAAAAGAAUCCGUUGUUCUUCUUCUUCUCCUGUUCGUUUCUCUCCUCCUAGAUCCAAUACUCUUACUUCCAAUCCGGCGUCGUUUAACUUCUUUUCUUCUUCCUCCUCUUCUUCGACUUUGAUCGAACAGCUCGCCUCCAUUUUCCCUGAUAUGGACAAGCAGCUUCUUGAGAAAGCGCUUGAAGAAUGUGGCGAUGAUUUGGAUUCAGCUAUCAGAAGUUUGACUGAGCUUCGUUUAGGAUCUGCUGAAAACUUCAGAACAACUGCAGUUAAGUCUGAUGCAGCCGAUGAGGCUAAUGUUCCUCCACAAGGGGUGGCAACAACAGAUGCUGAGGCACCUCCUACUGAGGAUCCAUCAGUGGCAGCACACCUCUCAAUGGAUGGUGCGGAGUGGGUAGAGCUCUUUGUUAGGGAAAUGACGAGUGCCUCUAAUAUUGAUGAUGCUAGAGCACGUGCUUCAAGAGCACUAGAAGUUCUGGAGAAGUCCAUUUGUACCCGUGCAGGAACGGAGGCAGCCAAAAGCUUUCACCAGGAAAACAUGAUGUUGAAGGAACAAGUGCAAGCAUUGAUUCAGGAAAACACAAUUCUCAAGCGAGCUGUAUCUAUUCAGCAUGAGCGUCAAAAAGAAUUUGAAGAAAGGAACCAGGAGUUGCAGCAGCUGAAGCAAUUGGUCUCCCAAUACCAGGACCAGUUGAGAACCUUGGAGGUAAACAACUAUGCAUUGACAUUGCACCUGAAGCAGGCUCAACAAGGCAGCUCAAUCCCAGGACGUUUCCACCCUGAUGUCUUCUAA